CCCGGAGCCGCCGCGGGAGCCCGCGCCCCGCCCCACCCACCGCGCCUUAGCCGGGACCCACACGCAGCCGAAGCUGAGCCCGCCGGCUCCCGGAGCUCGCCUCCUCCUUGCACCCGAGAGCAGGCAAAAGGAGAAAAAUUCCUCUCCAGUCACCACUCUUUCUCGCCCUCUCUAAGAAUUUGUUUAAGGAAGCGCUGCGGGAAGAAGACAUCUUCCUGAAUUCACCGUCAAGGGCGGGGUCUACCGCUGCCCUAAGGUGCCACCUCAGCGACACUGCCCUCUGCGGAGACCCCUGACCAGCCGGGGUCACGUCCGGGAGAAGGGAUCAUGAAGCGCUCGCUGGCCGCUUGGCUUUUGGUCGGGCUUAGCCUCUGUGUCCCCCAUUUCUGCAAAGGUGGUAUUUGUGAUCCCAAUCCAUGUGAAAAUGGAGGUAUCUGUUUGUCGGGAUUGUCUGAGGAUUCCUUUUCCUGUGAGUGUCCAGACGGCUUCACAGGUCCCAACUGUUCUAGUGUUGUGGAGGUUGCAUCAGAUGAAGAAGAGCCAACUUCAGCAGGUCCCUGCAUCCCUAAUCCAUGCCAUAAUGGAGGAACCUGUGAAAUAAGUGAAGCGUAUCGAGGGGACACAUUCAUAGGCUACGUCUGUAAAUGUUCUCGAGGAUUUAAUGGGAUUCACUGUCAGCACAACAUAAAUGAAUGUGAAGCUGAGCCUUGCAAAAAUGGUGGAAUAUGUACAGACCUUGUCGCAAACUAUUCCUGUGAGUGCCCAGGUGAAUUCAUGGGAAGAAAUUGUCAAUACAAAUGUUCAGGCCCACUGGGAAUUGAAGGUGGAAUCAUAUCAAAUCAGCAAAUCACAGCUUCAUCUACCCACCGAGCUCUUUUUGGACUCCAAAAAUGGUAUCCCUACUAUGCACGUCUUAAUAAGAAAGGACUUAUAAAUGCCUGGACAGCUGCAGAAAAUGACAGAUGGCCAUGGAUUCAGAUAAAUUUACAAAGAAAAAUGAGAGUUACUGGUGUGAUUACCCAAGGAGCGAAGAGGAUUGGAAGCCCAGAGUAUAUCAAAUCCUACAAAAUUGCCUAUAGUAAUGAUGGAAAGACUUGGGCAAUGUACAAAGUUAAAAGCACCAAUGAAGACAUGGUGUUCCGUGGAAAUGUCGAUAACAACACACCCUACGCUAACUCUUUCACACCCCCUAUAAAAGCUCAGUAUGUGAGACUCUAUCCCCAAGUUUGUCGAAGACACUGCACUUUGAGAAUGGAACUUCUUGGAUGUGAAUUGUCAGGCUGUUCUGAGCCUCUAGGGAUGAAAUCAGGACAUAUACAAGACUAUCAGAUCACUGCCUCCAGUAUUUUCAGAACUCUCAAUAUGGACAUGUUCACUUGGGAGCCGAGGAAAGCUCGGCUGGACAAGCAGGGCAAAGUGAAUGCCUGGACCUCCGGCCACAAUGACCAGUCACAAUGGUUACAGGUAGAUCUUCUGGUCCCUACCAAAGUGACUGGCAUCAUUACACAAGGAGCUAAAGAUUUUGGUCAUGUACAGUUUGUAGGCUCCUACAAACUAGCUUACAGCAAUGAUGGAGAACACUGGACUGUAUACCAGGAUGAAAAACAAAGAAAAGAUAAGGUUUUCCAGGGCAAUUUUGACAAUGACACUCACCGAAAAAACGUCAUCGACCCUCCCAUCUAUGCACGGUACAUAAGAAUUCUUCCUUGGUCCUGGUAUGGAAGGAUUACACUGAGGUCUGAGCUUCUGGGCUGCACAGAAGAGGAGUGAGGACACCCCACAUCCCACAACCUUCCUCUCUAUUUUCCUUCUCUCUAUCUCUAUGGAAUGAACUGUGCAAAAUCUGUAGGAAACUGAAUGGGGUUUUUCAUGAAAAAGUGCUCAAAUUAUGGUAGGCCACUAAUUGUCUCUUUAAGGGGGUCUAAGCCUGCCUUUUCAAUGGUUUGAUUUAAUUUUUAUCAUUUAAAUUUCUUAAGCAACAUCACAUUAACUGCUAAUUACUUUUCUCAUGGUUUUCUCAAUUAUUCACACUGGUUGAAACAUAUUAAGGAAAGUAAGAAAGUAGCACUCUUUUGAUAGCAAGGGUAAAACAAAAUCUCAUAGUCAUCAAAUACAAGUGAGAGUUGACAGAGCUUUUAUAAUCAAUAUUCAACUAAUUCUUAUACAAGGAAUACUGCAAUGUUAGCAAUAAGUUUUUUUUUUUUUCUGUAACGAGUCUACAUUAUCCUAAUUGUUUCCCUGUGCCUACCAAACACUGUCAGUGUUUAUAACAGAAUUUUGAAGAAUCUGUAACAUGCAGUACUAUUUGAUAUUGUAAUUCUCAUUUUACUUUUAUUAUUUCUAAUCAGAGAUUAUGUGAUCUUCUUUUCUCUUUAUUCUAUUUUAUAUUACUUAUAUUGUAUAUUGCUUGAAUAAGUUCAUAUUUUUUCAAUUGAUUUUUUCCUAUAUUUGCCUAAAAGUAGUAUCAUGUUUGUUUAUAUAUAUGGAACAUGAUUAAAAAUCAGUAGAUUGAUCAUAAUAUCAGUAGAUUGAAUCUGUAAUUAUUUUUUGAAGGAAGCUAUAACUAUGUAAUUUACAAAUACUUCCUUUAUAAAGAACCCAUACUACCAUUUUGC